UGUUUCUAUUAAAAUAAGCAAUAUUCUCAAAAAAAAAUUUACAAACAUUACUUUAAUAUUUCAUCAGGCAUGGACAACAACAACGACUUGUCCGAGGAGCUAAUGCGACGCCUGAGCUCUGGCGGCGGCCUGGAGGCGAUGACCAACGACAUGUUUGAGGAUAAUAAUAUAUACGACGACAGCAACGAUGUGGACAACGAGCCAGACGACAUAAUUAUUGUGCACAUGGACAUACGGGAGCCGCUGAGUGCCUUAAAGAGAAUUGUGGAACAAAAAAUAGGUGUGCCACUGAAUUUUUACACCUUCUGCCUGCAAGAUGCCACAGAGCUGGAGCCACACAAAAACUUAGUGGAUCAGUGCGUAAAGGGUGAAGGAUUGGUGCAGAUCAACGUUCAAAUUCAAACGAUUGCAAAAAAGAUCAACAUAGUCGAUGUGCUGAAACCAACGGAGGCGGCGCUUGCUGCCUUGUCCAAUGACAUGCAGGAAGUGGAGGUGAGCGCAGAGAGCAGCACGUCAACAACAACAAGUGAAACAGCAAAGACAAAAACCACGAUAACGACGACAACGAAAGCAUCACCCAGCACCAGUCCCAGCAAACAAGCUAACAAGAAACGCAAGCUUAAGCCGGAGAGCGAUGAUUCGGAGCCGAACAUCAAGGAAGAGGUCAAGCCAGUGCUCAACUGGGUGCUCGACAGCAAGUUCAAGCGGGAACAAGCGCGGCUGAGAAUACCUGAAAAUGCGAGCGAAUGGAACAGGGCUCAUGUCUCGCAUUGGCUGGAAUGGGCGGUCAAGCAGUUUGAGUUGCGCGAUCUGAACAUGGCAGACUGGCAAAUAACGGGCCAAGAGCUGUGCGCAAUGAGUCACGAGGAUUUCCGCAGAAAGCUGCCACGGGAUCCGGGAAAUGUUUUUUGGACGCAUCUGCAGCUGCUCAAAGAGUGCAACUUUGUGUCUGUGGUGCACAAGCAGGCCGAAGAAAUGCGCAAGCCGAAGCAAAAUCGGGGAUCUGCUACUACCGCUGGCGGAGAAGCAGGAAACGGUACACCCAUUGCCGGCAAAGAGCAGCGGAUCAUGCGCAAGUCCUUCUAUGUCCUUCCACCAGCACGAGCUGAAUCUGCCGAUAGCUCGCCCGCCUCACAGAGUCCUAACAAUAUGAGUGCUACCGGUUCGGGCAACAAUGGUCAGGUACAGCUCUGGCAAUUUCUGCUGGAGAUACUCACCGACAGCGAACACACGGACAUCAUCGAAUGGGUGGGAAACGAAGGCGAGUUCAAACUAAGUGAUCCGGAUCGCGUCGCUCGUCUCUGGGGCGAAAAGAAGAACAAACCGGCCAUGAACUAUGAGAAACUGUCGCGCGCGCUUCGUUAUUACUAUGAUGGGGACAUGAUCUCCAAGGUGUCUGGCAAGCGAUUUGCUUAUAAAUUCGAUUGUGAUCUGAAGCUGUUGAUUGGCUAUGAUGCGAGCGAAUUGGCUGGCCUAGUCAACGAACGAAAGCUGACAGAGCGACAGCAUCUCGAGCAAUUGGAAGCUUGCGAGGAUGCGACAUGACAUGCAGAAAUUGUCAUAAAAGAGGAAGACAACAUACUGUGGAAGUACGAAGCGCCAUAACAAAAGCGAUUUAUACAUUCUUAAGUUUUUAACCCUACAGUAUACACUUAACCAAGAACAUAUACAGUGGGACAUCUAAUUAGUUUGCCUAAUUAAUUAUUCAAGUUAUACAUUUGAUCGUUUGAAAUGUCAUCUCUAGAAACCAAUUUGCAUUAGACAUUUAAAAUCCGGUCGAAGUUCUUUGAUUUAAGAGAAAAUAUAUUUAAUUUUAAUUUAUGGCCCCGGUCCCAAGUACAUCGUAGGUGCUGAUGGAAAUUUUGACUAUAAACCGAAAGUCGGUUGUAUGUAAAUUAAAUCAUAUUGAAUUCCUGCGCUGGAACAGAGAAUUAAAUAUUCACAAAACGAAGACCAAUUUCGUUUCCUUUAAAAAGAAAACCAUUCAAAACUAUCGAUCUUUAAAAUCUGCUAUUGGGUACAAAGUAAAUAUUUUAUCAAAGCACAUCUGUUUAUUGUUGAUCAUCUUUUAAACAUACAGAUAUAUUUAGGUACUAAGCAUUACUAAGAUUA